GCAACGAGAUGGCAAUGAUUGAUUUUUGAUUCCAUUAACCUUGACAAAGCGCAUGGCAGACGAAGACUCCGAAGACAAAAGUUCACUGCGGAAAGUAAGAGCAAUCCCUCAACCACCAUCCAUGGCUUCCUCUCUCUCCUUCCUCCUCCUCAUCCUCCUCUCCCUCUCCUCUCUCUCCGCCGCGAACGUCCACCGGACCAAGCUCCUCCGAUCCUCCCUCAUCUCCGGACCCGAACUUCGCACCAACUCCACCGGCUCACCCACUCGCUUCUUCGAAGUCGCCAGGCCCAUCAAGCUCCCCAAGACCAAACCUUGCUCGUACCUGGCUUUACAACACGACUUCGCGCGCACAUAUGGCAAGCCCCCGGUUCUCGCCAAGUACACCCCUCCAUCGACUUGUUAUUCGCAGAGAUUCUCCAAGAUCGUGCUUGAAUGGAGCGCCACUAGCAAAGGCAGGCAAUUCGACCGGAUCUUCGGGGUUUGGCUUGGCGGGGUGGAGCUUCUCAGGAGCUGCACUGCCGAGCCGAGAGCUACGGGAAUUGUUUGGACGGUCAAGAAGGACAUCACCAGGUACUAUUCGUUGCUCGUGAAGAGCGGUACUCUCGCCGUUUCCCUAGGCAAUGUUGUGGAUAGAACCUAUACAGGGGUUUACCACGUCAAGAUAAAGUUUCAUUUUUACCCUGCUGAGGAUGAGCAUCUGGUGGGGGAUGUGGGAAAUUCGAGGAAUUCUGUACCUGGGUAUGGUUCGAAUGCGGAUUUGAUAUUGCCGAUUUCGAGAAACUUGCCGUUGAAUGAUGGGUUGUGGUUUGAAAUCGAGAAUGCUACUGAUCCAGAGACGAAGGAGUUCCGUGUUCCCCUGAAUGUCUACAGGGCAGUGCUGGAGGUUUAUGUGUCUUUUCAUGAGAAUGAUGAGUUUUGGUAUGGGAAUCUCCCCAGUGAGUAUAUUGAGGCCAAUAAUCUUACUGGAUUUGCUGGGAAUGGCCCUUUUAGGGAGGUUCUCGUGAGCCUCGAUGGUGCGGUAGUGGGUGCGGUUUGGCCUUUCACAGUGGUAUACACAGGAGGGAUCAAUCCUCUUUUUUGGCGACCCAUCACUGGCGUUGGAUCGUUCGAUCUCCCUACGUAUGAUAUCGAGAUUACGCCCUUUCUAGCAAAGAUAUUAGAUGGAAAACUCCAUGAAUUUGGCUUCAGUGUCACGAACGCUUUGAAUGUGUGGUUAAUUGAUGCCAAUCUGCAUCUUUGGCUGGAUGAUAAGAGCACGAAAACUGCUGGGAAGCUUCUGACUUCCAAUUGCCUGCCUCUAGCCGUUUCUUCGGCCUUGGAUUUUAAGGGCUUUGAUGGGAAGUUUCUGACUGGGGUCAGUCGGUCCAUAUCGUCCAGUGGUUGGGUGAAGUCAUCAUAUGGGAAAAUCAUGACCACUUGGAAGCAAGAAUUCAAAUACAGUAACAUCAUGGUCAUGGGGAAUCAUGCGAAUCUGCAAAUUAUUAAGCAGCUUAUCCAUUCCAACGAGAGCGUUGUCGCUAAGAAGGGGUCCUCCACCCUUGCAUCCAUUCGAGUGUACAGAGAUUUCCCGUUUUAUUUAUACUCUAACUCCGUGGAUCAAGGAAACGACACUACCUUUUCUACUGAUAACUUCACGAUGGCUUUUAACGAGAGAAGGCAUAGAGAUUCUGGCUCCAUGCGCUCGAGUAGUUCACUGAGCAAUGUGCAGAAUGGACAGGGUUACAUGACUGUGAAGAAGCACUUGGUAGUCAGCGGGUUAGGCAGUACUCAGCAAGUGUACAAGUAUGAUGGCAGUGAACUCUGCUACUUCAGAAACGUGAGUAGCUCAAAUUACACAAUUCUCAAUGAUGACAUUCUCGAUACCUGCAAUAAACUUAGCCGGACCAAGCUCCUCCGAUCGCCCCUCGUCGCUGGACCCGAACUUCACACCAACUCCGCCGGCUCACCCACUCGCUACUUCGAAGUCGCCAGGCCCAUCAAGCUCCCCAAAACCAAACCUUGCUCCUACCUGGCUUUACGACACGACUUCGCGCACACAUACAGCAAGCCCCCGGUUCUCGCCAAUUACACCCCUCCAUCGACUUGUUAUUCGCAGAGAUUCUCCAAGAUCGUGCUUGAAUGGACCGCCACUUGCAAAGGCAGGCAAUUCGACCGGAUCUUCGGGGUUUGGCUUGGCGGGGUGGAGCUUCUCAGGAGCUGCACUGCCGAGCCGAGAGCUACGGGAAUUGUUUGGACGGUCAAGAAGGACAUCACCAGGUACUAUUCGUUGCUCAUGAAGACCGGUACUCUCGCCGUUUCCCUUCGCAAUGUUGUGGAUAGCACCUAUACAGGGGUUUACCAUGUCAAGAUAAAGUUUCAUUUUUACCCUGCUGAUGAUCAUCAUCUGGUUGGGGAUGCGGGAAAUGCGAGGAAUUCGGUUCCUGGGUAUGGUUCGAACGCGGAUCUGAUCUUGCCCAUUUCGAGAAACUUGCCGUCGGAUGGUGGGCUGUGGUUUGAAAUCGAAAAUGCUACUGAUACAGAGACGAAGGGGUUUCGUGUUCCCCUGAAUGUCUACAGGGCAGUGCUGGAGGUUUAUGUUUCUUUCCAUGAGAAUGAUGAGUUUUGGUAUGGGAAUCUCCCCAAUGAGUAUAUUGAGGCCAAUAAUCUUACAGGGGUAGCCGGGAAUGGCCCUUUUAAGGAGGUUCUUGUGAGCCUCGAUGGUGCGGUAGUCGGUGCCGUUUGGCCUUUCACGGUGGUAUACACAGGAGGGAUCAAUCCUCUUUUGUGGAGACCCAUCACUGGCAUCGGAUCAUUUGAUCUCCCUACAUACGACAUUGAGAUUACACCAUUUCUAACAAAGAUAUUAGAUGGAAAGCUCCAUGAAUUUGGCUUCAGUGUCACAAACGCUUUGAAUGUGUGGUACAUCGACGCGAAUUUGCAUCUUUGGCUGGAUGAUAAGAGCACGAAAACUGCAGGGAAGCUUCUGACUUCCAAUUACCUGCCUCUAGCCGUUUCUUCGGCCUUGGAUUUCAAGGGCUUUGAUGGGAAGUUUUUGACUGGGGUGAACCGGUCCAUAUCGUCCAGUGGUUGGGUGAAGUCAUCAUACGGGAAAAUUAUGACCAUUUGGAAGCAAGAAUUCAAAUACAGUAACGUCAUGGUCAUGGGGAAUCAAGGGAAUCUGCAAAUUAUUAAGCAGCUUAUCCAUUCCAACGAGAGGGUUGUUGCUAAGAGGCGGUCCUCCACCCUUGCAUCGAUUCGGGUGUACAGAGAUUUCCCGUUUUAUUUAUACAGCAACGACGUGGAUCAAGGAAAUGACACUUCCUUAUCUAUUGCGAACUUCACGUUGGCUUUUAACGAGAAAAGGAAUAGAGAUUCUGGCUCCAAGCGCUCGAGUAGUUCACUGAGCAAUGUGCAGAGCGGGCAGGGUUACAUGACUGUGAAGAACAACUUGGUAGCCAGUGGUUUUGGCAGUACUCAGCAAGUGUACAAGUACGAUGGUAGCGAACUCUGCUACUUCAGAAAUGUGAGAAGCUCAAAUUACACAAUUCUUAAUGAUGACAUUGUCAAAGGAUGUAAGAAAGGAGCAUAAUCUCAUCAUGCAUCCCGACAUAACAGAUGGUGGCCUUUUAGCACUCAGGGCUUCAUCUGAUUUAACCGCAUGGGAUGCUUUAGACCUUUUUGUCAUCUCAUCUUUCGGCUCCUUCAUGUGUCCAAAAUAAAUAUAAUUCAAAGUCAGUGUAUAUAUCGUCAAGCACUUUUGUAAUUUCAUUUUCUGUGGCCCCGGCAUUGCUGUAUAGCGUUCAGCUCAAAAUCGAUUUCAAACGUCAAGAUUUAUUAGUAA